AUCACCAACCUUGAGGACUCAGUGAAGGGGUGGGUUUGUGCGUGUGUGAGGAGGUUGGAGGUGUUGUGCCACAUGUGAGGGGAAAUGUUUGGAGUGUUGUCGUCACUGGUCAGCUCCCCGCAGCCCAGGCAGAGGCAGGGGCAGGGGCAGCCUCCUCAAGUGGGAUACACGCCGGAGGACUCCACACUUCAACUCCCCGCCAGAGGAGAGGACGGCUCCCAGGAUGUAACACCGCCUUAAGGAGAACCCAUCAGUUAAAAUUAAACAGCGCUCAGUUCACGAUUUUUUUCUUUCUUCAAAAUUGUCUUUUUCUUUUACAUUUUUGCAAUGGCAGUUCUGUCCACAUCCGGGCCACACUGCCUUGAUUCCAUUAUUGUGUGAAACUGGCGGAGAGACUGAUAAAUCUUGAUCUUUUCCUCCCCACCUAACGACUCUUUUGUACGCGCCGUGAAGGCUGGAACAAAGAGGUGAUGUCUAACCAAGGAGUUCGACGGAAUGGGCCCGUGAAGCUGCGAUUAACAGUCCUCUGUGCCAAAAACCUUGUCAAGAAGGACUUCUUCCGCCUCCCUGAUCCUUUUGCGAAGGUGGUCGUAGAUGGUUCGGGGCAAUGCCACUCGACAGAUACUGUGAGGAACACACUUGACCCCAAGUGGAAUCAACACUAUGACCUAUACAUCGGGAAAUCAGAUUCUAUCACUAUUAGUGUGUGGAACCACAAGAAGAUUCACAAGAAACAAGGGGCUGGCUUCCUGGGAUGCGUUCGCCUUUUGUCCAAUGCUAUCAACCGCCUUAAAGACACAGGGUAUCAGAGACUAGACUUGAACAAGCUGAGUCCAAAUGACAGUGACACAGUCAGAGGCCAGAUUGUGGUGAGCUUGCAGUCCAGGGACCGGAUAGGCACAGGAGGCCCAGUGGUAGACUGCAGUCGACUUUUUGACAAUGAUCUUCCAGACGGCUGGGAGGAGAGGAGAACCGCAUCGGGACGAAUCCAGUACUUAAACCACAUCACACGCACCACACAGUGGGAGAGGCCGACCAGACCUGCAUCAGAGUACUCAAGCCCUGGGCGGCCACUUAGCUGCAUCGUGGAUGAGAACACUCCCAUUAGCACGAACGGUGCAACACCUACCACAGCAUUGCCACCAAAUGACGGUGACCAACGGGCCCAGGAGAGGCGCGUUCGCUCCCAGAGGCAUCGCAACUACAUGAGCAGAACACACCUGCACACACCUCCAGACCUUCCAGAGGGCUACGAACAGAGGACCACACAGCAAGGCCAAGUGUACUUCCUUCACACUCAGACAGGUGUCAGCACAUGGCAUGACCCCAGAGUACCCAGAGAUCUGAGUAAUGUGAACUGUGAAGAACUGGGUCCGCUUCCUCCUGGAUGGGAGAUAAGGAACACUGCCACAGGGAGAGUAUAUUUUGUGGACCACAACAACCGAACCACACAGUUCACUGACCCACGCCUCUCUGCCAACCUGCAUAGAGUCCUUAACCCAAGCCCCAAUGGCUCACGAGGAGGCAUUGAAAGUCAGAAUGUGAGUCGACAGAACCAGUUGAAGGAUCAGGUCCAGCAGGCUCUGGUGUCUACAGGUCAGCUCCCAGAGGAGGCAGAGUGUCUCACGGUGCCCAAGUACAAGCGAGACCUGGUCCAGAAACUCAAGAUCCUCCGACAGGAACUGUCUCAGCAGCAGCCACAGGCUGGGCAUUGUCGCAUCGAGGUGUCCCGUGAGGAAAUAUUUGAGGAAUCCUAUCGACAGGUGAUGAAGAUGAGGCCAAAGGACCUGUGGAAAAGGCUCAUGGUGAAGUUUCGGGGAGAAGAAGGACUUGAUUAUGGUGGAGUGGCCAGGGAGUGGCUCUAUCUGUUAUCACACGAGAUGUUGAACCCGUACUAUGGACUGUUCCAGUACUCACGUGAUGACAUCUACACUCUGCAGAUUAACCCGGACUCUGCAGUCAACCCUGAGCACUUGUCAUACUUCCAUUUUGUGGGCCGUAUCAUGGGGAUGGCAGUGUUCCAUGGCCACUACAUUGAUGGAGGCUUUACACUACCCUUCUACAAACAACUGCUAGGUAAACCCAUCACCCUGGACGACAUGGAGUCUGUAGACCCGGACCUGCACAACAGUCUCGUCUGGAUCCUGGACAAUGACAUCACAGGCGUGUUGGACCACACCUUCUGUGUAGAGCACAAUGCCUACGGAGAGAUCAUCCAGCAUGAACUCAAGCCCAAUGGAAAGAGCAUGCCCGUCACACAGGACACUAAGAAAGAAUAUGUCCGACUGUACGUCAACUGGCGCUUUCUGCGAGGCAUCGAGGCUCAGUUCCUUGCUCUACAGAAGGGCUUCAAUGAAGUCAUUCCCCAACACCUCUUAAAGGCUUUUGAUGAGAAAGAGCUUGAGCUGAUUGUAUGUGGCUUGGGUAAAAUCGACAUCAAUGACUGGAAGUCCAACACGCGGCUUAAACAUUGCACACCAGACAGUAACAUUGUAAAGUGGUUCUGGAAAGCUGUGGAGUCCUUCGAUGAGGAGCGGCGAGCCCGUCUGCUACAGUUCGUCACAGGUUCUUCCAGGGUUCCACUGCAGGGCUUCAAGGCCCUCCAAGGUGCUGCUGGCCCACGGCUAUUUACCAUCCACCAGAUUGAUGCCAACACCAACAACCUCCCCAAAGCCCACACAUGUUUCAAUCGGAUUGACAUUCCUCCCUAUGAAAGCUAUGACAAACUUUAUGACAAGUUGCUCACUGCCAUUGAGGAGACUUGUGGCUUUGCUGUGGAGUGACUCUGUGAUGAGGCACGGCCCAACAACCAGCAGGUCACUUUUUUUUUGUUUUUUGUUUUUUUACACACACACAUCGAACACACUAUGGUCUUCUUUGUUAUUUGAAAAAAAAAUCUCCGCAGCUGCUAAUAAAUCAGACUAUUUACUAACUUGUGGAACAUGCAGGAUUAGCUGGCUCUUCCUUUUUUCUACGUUCAUUCAAGCAUUUUAAAAAUAACAACUAUUCCAUGUAGCAAGGCUCACUGAACCAACAACUGCAUAUCCAAGAGUGGUGUGUUAGCGAGAGUACAGGGUAAUUAAUGGUUACGGUAACCACUUGGAAACAUUAAUUCUCAAUAUGGAGCGUGCCUUUGACUGCUCACAUGGGAGCGAGCGGUAAUGCCUAGCCAACAGGGAUACUGCAUGUGGGGAUGUGACAAUGAGACUGAAUUUGGCAGACUGAUUUCCAUCCCUCUCCAAAGACAGCAGCAAGGACCCCCAUGAGUUGCUGCACAAGCUGCAUUCCCAUUGUCACCCAUUGUCAACUGGUUUGUUUGAACAUGAAUAUGUGAACAAACGCUUGCGAUGUUAUUUUUAUAUAACAGGGAAAAUGGAAGAGAAUUAGUACAUUUCUAAUAUAUCUAAUUUAUUGCUGAUAUGUCACAUCUCCCCGUUGCCAUUGUUUAUAAAAAUACAGUGUUUAAAUUAUAAAAGGAAUUUGUAAGAACUGAAUUAAGCUUAAUUUCACUCAAAGAAUACAGUAUUUGGGUUUAUUUAACACACUUAUCUUUAAUGGGAGGUAUAUCUUAAAGGCUCACAAAUCAUAAACACACACACGUCUUUGUAAAAGUGAGCAGACCCUUUAAAAUCUACUGAUAUUAUUCUGGAUCUACGAAAGCAACAUGUUUGGUUUGUGAUUUUAAUUGUAUUUUUUUAACCCUUUGGUCAACAGCCACUUUUUUAACUGGGUGUUAUGCAUGAAUUCAAAUGUUUGCUUUUGUGUUUGAAUCCAAUGUCUUUGGAUACCAUGUGGUGUGAAAUAGUAUCAGCAUUUGUCUUUACAUUGGCACCCAUAUACCUAUAUGUAUGUAUAUUGAUUGAUUUCUUUUCAAAGUCCACAUACACUAUCGAUGCCUGUUUGUGGCCCAAAAAAAUUACAAUUCAGCAAGAAUAAAUCUCUUUGCGGCCACAUUCUCAGGGGUUAUAUAUAAUAUGGACUCUUUUUUUUUUUUUGAGAACUAAACAAGCAAAUUUUGACCAUUGUACCUUACUUUCUAAAUGAUGAACGUUUUGGCAUCAACUAAUUGUUGCCUGUCUGAGCACUUGGUUGGAAGUGAGCUGAAUGAGAUGGCCUCCUGCUAUAAUGUUCUGCUAAUAAUGUUACAUUUGUGAGAUUCUUUUCUAUCAUUGGACAUAAAAUUCUUGAAUGUUUCCUAAAAGAUGCUGCCUGUUUAGCAAUCUCUCUGACCGUGGACUGUUCUUAACAUUUGCAUACAUGAAAAAAAGAUGAACUGUUAUGUUGUUCUUUAAUGUAAACAUGUAUGCAAAGUGACAGGUGUCCUCACAUGGUGCUUUGUACAGUAAAAAUAUAUUGUUCAUACAUGUGGAUCAAACAACCUGUAAUUUAUGUUUAACUUAAUUAGAAACUGAUUUUGUUGAAAUGGGGUGAAACAAGUUGCACAAAAACAGAGGGAGGUUGCUCUUGGUAUUAAAUGAUGACCUAAAGGGCAUAUUCUUCCACUUAGAAGUCCAGUGCACAAGCAGAUGGAUCACAUGCACAUCCUACACUACUUUGCUCAAUGCCGCCUUUGCUGCCUCUCACUGAAGAAUUGAACUUCUUAUCAAGAGGUCAAGAGAUACAGCUCUUACCUUUGUGGAUUUGUUUUAUAGCAUGAUCGAUCCACUCGGACUAUUAUCUCUCCUAGCUGACUGAUGCUGUUUGAUGUAUGUGAACACUACCAUUUUGUAAGAGUAUUUUAUUUUUUUGUGUAAGUAGUUUGAAUUAAACUUGCCUUUGUCUAACAAUGUAA